CGUUACAUCCACUACUACUCAUUGGAAUUAUAAUUACUUAUCCAGUUUGUAGUAAUCUAUCAAUGAUACUAUAACUCAUGAAAACUACGAUAACUGUUUAAAACUAUUACAAUCUAUUAUAUUCACUACAAUUCAUCAAAAAUCAUCACAACCACUUGUCGCUAUCAGUAUAUCCAACACGGGCUUCAGACAAACCAUACGCGCCUUCCAUCCUACCCAUCGCAAUUGGAAACGCAUAGUCCCAAGCAUAAUGGCCGAGCUAUCCGUUAUCAUCUAUCUGGAUGCAAGCAUUCAUGCCGUACCUCAUUGGUGCCUCUACACCAAGGGUGACUACGGGGAGGAGCGCAUCUUCGAAGCACUGGGUAUUACCGGUCAAGAGUUCAACUUUAAUACCAGCUAUGUGGACAUGGCGAACUGCGAUAUCGAAAAGCAGAUUAUUCAUGUUGGACGCAUCGAGGCUGAUGUUUGGGAUGAGGUGCCUUCCAUCCUGGCAGAAGUGCCCGUAAGCAGCCAAAUGGGUUGGAACUGUCAGAGUUGGGUCAUGUCAGCCAUCGAAAAGCUAUUGAAAAUUGACUAGUUAGAGGAACAGGGUAGCGGACUCGGUUACCUUCGAGAGAGAUUCCAAAAGGUUAUUGGGGCAUACUAGCCUUCGGUAUCAUAGUGGUUGGGAUUCACGAUAGGAAGUUAAAAGUCCAAUAGAGUUCGCAGGAAGAAAGCGAUACUAAUCAUCCCGACUUUGAAACGAAAUAUAAACGCAUGUCGGG